AUGUGGAACUCCUUCAUCGACUCCUUCAAACCAGCAGUUGCCAGCGAAACCUUGACCAGUCAAAAUGUGGAGGAUGGCAAGGAAUACACUGAGAUGGAGAAGAUUAACAUCAAUGCUGCCAACUCCAAUCUUUCGAGAAAGCUUAAGUCUAGACAUUUGCAAAUGAUAUCAAUCGGCUCAAGUAUUGGUACUGGUUUAUUUGUGGGUUCAGGCUCAGCAUUGCAUACCGGUGGACCUGCUGGAAUUAUGAUUGGUUGGUUCAUAAUGGCCACAGGUGUCUUUGCAACUAUGCAAGGCUUGGGGGAACUCUCCAUUACAUUCCCCGUGAGUGGAAGUUUUAACGUGUUUGCGAGCAGAUUCAUUGAACCGGCUGUUGGGUUUGCAGUGGGUUGGAAUUAUUUCAUGCAAUUUUUUGUCUUAUUACCAUUGGAACUAGUGGCAGGAUCAAUCACUGUAAAAUACUGGAAUAAAGACUUGAAUCCCGAUAUCUUCGUAAUUAUAUUCUGGUUACUAAUUGUUGUUAUCACUUUACUAGGUGUCAAGGGUUAUGGAGAAUCUGAGUUUGUUUUCUCCCUUAUUAAAGUGAUUGCCGUCAUCGGUUUCAUUAUCUUGAGCAUCGUGUUGAUUUGUGGUGGUGGUCCAAACCAUGAAUUCAUCGGUGGUAGGUACUGGAGAGAUCCUGGUGCAUUUGCAAAUGGAUUCAAGGGUGUGUGUUCCGUUUUUGUGACUGCUGCCUUCAGUUUCGGGGGAACUGAAAUGAUCGGUUUGACUGCUGCCGAAACUAAAGAACCAAGAAAAACGCUUCCAAAAGCCAUUAAGCAAGUUUUUUGGAGAAUAUGCUUGUUCUACUUAGUAUCACUUACUAUGGUUGCUACUUUAGUUCCUUACAAUGAUGACAAGUUAUUGGGUUCUUCUUCUGUGGAUGCAACUGCUUCACCUUUUGUCAUUGCUGUUGUCAAUGGUGGUAUUAAGGGCUUACCUAGUGUCAUCAAUGCAGUUAUCUUGAUAGCCGUCUUGUCUGUUGGCAAUGCAUCGGUUUAUGCAACCUCGAGAUCCUUAAACUCCUUGGCCGAACAAGGGAUGGCACCAAAAUGGACUGGAUACGUUGAUAGACUUGGAAGACCAUUAGCUGCUAUUUUGAUUACCGAUAUAUUUGGCCUUUUUGCCUUGAUUGCUGCAAGUAACAAGCAAGAAGAGGUAUUCAACUGGUUGCUUGCUUUGUCAGGACUUAGUUCAAUUUUCACUUGGCUUUCAAUAAACUUGAGUCACAUUCGUUUCAGAAGAGCCCUCACAGUUCAGAACAGACUGUUGAAUGAACUUCCAUACAUUUCACAAUGUGGUGUCUGGGGAUCAUACUAUGGUUUUGCCUUGAACUUUUUGGUUUUGAUUGCUCAAUUCUGGAUUGCCUUGUUUCCAAUCGGUGGCAAGCCAAAUGCAUAUGAUUUCUUCUUGUCUUACUUGGGAUUACCUGUUCUUAUCGCCUCUUGGCUUUUCUAUAAAUUUUGGAAAAAAGAUUGGACUCUUUUUGUUAGAGCCAAAGACAUUGAUGUGGACACAGGAAGACCAAACAUUGACUUGGACCUUUUACAACAAGAAAUCGCCGAAGACAAAGCUAAGUUGGCUGAGAAACCAUUCAUUGUUAGGGUGUACAGGUUCUGGUGCUGA